CGCUGCUGGUGCCCGCAAAACGAGUUCUCUCUGUAGUGUGGUGAACUUUCAUCAUUAUUUAAAGUCAUUUAAGCGCACAGAGUAACAGUGUCUCAAAUAAAUACAACAUCCUCUUUGAACGGAAUACCGACCAUGUGGAGCGGAAUCAGCGCCACCAACCGUGUGGAUGUUGUGGCUAACGACGGCCUGUUCCGUUAUGGCCGUGUCGUGGACGUGACGAACCGGGGACUCAUUAUCGACUUCCUGUGUCCCAAACGACGCCGCGAAUUGGUUCCUUUCCACCGCGUAUUUCGCUGCCGCACAGAUCCACCGGUGGACGGCGAACGUAUCGCUAGCGUCUACACUCGCGCCCGUUCUCCCGUUCCCGUGGAAGUGUUAGAGCGAGAUAGUUCCUCCGACGCGUGGACUUGGUUCCCGGCUGAAAUGAUCAAUCUGACGGACGGGACACAGCAUAGCACGUACAUUGUGGCCGUUGUGAAAUGGUGGGAUGAAGGCGAGCGUACGGAUCUGGUCCCGGUUGAACGGAUACGCUGGAGUGUCCCGAGGCACUGGUGGGCGGAGCAUCGUUGGCCGGAACCGCGUUCGAUUGUUGCUACAACGUGGACCCCGCCAACGGGGGCCAGCUGGCCCGACAGAUUCAAAAGGAACACUUUCACCAAGCGUUUUAUCAAAGUGCCGGUGAACUACACGCUGCCGGCGAAAGAAAUCCUGAAGCGUCUGAAAAGCAGCGGACCGGUGCCGUUUGUGGAGGUCGUCACCGGAUACGUGUGGUACAUCCACCUCGAAGGCUGGCGCUUUGUGGAUUCGGCUUUAGAAAAACUGCAAAACGAACUUUCUGCAUCAGUUCUACGGAUGAUUGCCGAGAUGACUGGCCAUCCGGCUGACUGCGGUGCCAAAGUAGACUUCCCAGCGCUACCGACGGAACUGUGGCGCGAAGUGUUUUCUCAUCUCGGCACGUGCACACAGAACAGGCUGCGCUUAGUCUGCGCCGCUUGGAACUUGAUUUUGGAUUCGCCGACGCUGACAGCAAACGUUAUCGUCAACAGCGCCGAUUUCGAGGCCACCCAGUCCGACCGGUUGGUCUACUACAUGACGGCACCCAUUUUUAAAUGUCUCCGCCCAGCGACACAUCGCCUGAUUGUCUGUGAUGGGCGCCGAGUGCGAAAGCCCCCCGCCCGUCCAUCCUUACAGGAUGUUGUUGCGGAUGAAAAAUGCCACUUGAUGAAGGACAACGAUGUGUUUAAGGUGCUGGAUGUCCUCCGCUACAUCGGCCAGGAACAUACCGGCGCUCGGCUGAAGACCUUCUAUCUGGUGGGAUUCCAUUGCCGACUGCGAAUCGGAGCGGGUUAUUUGCCGCGCGCGUGCGAGCUCCAUGGAUCUGGAAGUAAAGCGGUGAAUUGGGUGUACGUGGAGGGCGCUCGAUGCUACUUCCGGCUGGACUACUUCAUCGCCUCAUGCCGCGGCGUUCCGUGUGAUUUUUUCCGCUUUGUGAACUGCUCCGUCCAUCUUCAUUAUACGUUUUUGGACAAGAAGACGAUAUAUUCGCCCCACGAAACCAUUUAUUUGCACCACAAAACCUAUAUCGAUACGGCUGGCAUAACAGUGACCAGGGAUUUCGACUGCGCCGUGUGGGAUGCGCUGGAGACGGCGCUGCCGAUGCCGAGCACCGACCGGUCGAGUGGGAUGUCGAGAUGGAUGAGGGCGCUUACGCUGGUCGCAGCAGAAACCGGCCGUGAACUAGUAUAUGGUACCGAAAUGCGCAAGAUGUUGUGCGCAACUCAGUCUGCUGAUCCGCGUCUGGCAUCGCAGCACCGAGGACGAAAGUGGUGUCUGGAUGGACCCGAGGACAUUCCAUUCGAUACGCUGUCGCGCAUUACGUUACGCUUCCUCUCGCAAAUGGAGGGCGACUGCACCACGCGGUAUUUCAUCAAAAUCAUUGAGGAACGCUUGUUUCCUCAGUACGAGUACGGCUUGGAGUACGAUUACUGCGGCUCGGAUUCGGAUGACUGAUGAGCAGUAAGAUGUACGACCAGGCGCAGCAACGGAUGCGGUUGCAUGACCGACUCGGCCAAGCUGGGGUCCUAUGGCAGUAUCCAUGCAACGGAAUGUGUGCCGCGUCGUGUCCAAUGAUUCCCGCAGCGGAAACGAAAAAUGCGCAUAUACACUUUCUGAUCCAAUUUUUACCAUCGCCUGUACUCUAAGAACCGAGUUGCCAAAGCGUGUGCUGAUAUAACUGCAUAAUACAGUCAAUAAACCGUAAUAAAACAGCUACUAGGAAAAUGCACUUAAAUGUGUG